AUGGGCAACUUCGAGAACAAUGGCUGGCGCAUGGCCUCAGGACGCGGUCGUGGCGGCCGUGGCGGCCGCGGUGCGAAGAGCUUUGCUAAAACGGAGUCCAUGCAAUCUAUUAAGGCUUUGCAAACCCAGAAACGCGGUGAGGAUAAAGAGAGGCUCAAGAGAAAGCGCGAAGAGUCGGCACAACUUGAGGGUGCGUUUAUCAUCGCCAGCGAGCACCUCGUACCCGAUGAGAUCAGGGAAGAAGGAUUCUUUGACCAGGUCGCCAAGGAAACUGGUUGCACUAUCGAGGAGUCACCUCUGGCGGAUGGUUUUCACAUGCUCGUUCUGCGUAGUCAGGAUAAGAUGCAAAUGGACGCUGCACACAGCGCCAUAGCCAACAGGCUGCACAUUCUACGCCAGAUUCAGCGUUCCUUCUCACGAACCCUGUUCCUCCAGUCACCAGCACGGUCGGACUGGGCUGCAAUGAUCUCCAUGGAGGUGUCAGAGAGACCGUUUGUCAUUGACAAGAACCUGUUGCGUGGACUUCCUGCUGCCGAGCACCCGGCCGUCAUGUCAAGUCUCCUGGAUCGGCUUGUUAUUGACGUUCCCAAUGCUGCCUACGGCGCCAUGAACCUACCAUCAGCGCAGUUCCUUGAAAUGCGAAUUUCGUUCGGUCGGCUCAAUAUCGAAAAGAGGAGGAAGGAUGUGCCAGAUAAGCUGUCCUAUCGAUCCUUUGAGAAAGCCCUCAGUUCCUACCAGAGCCGCGGCCAUGCUGCCGCUCUUGCAACACGGUUGGCAGACCUGCAAAAUGUAGACGAGGCCAUAAAUCUGCUCACUCGCCGCGGAGGUCCCGGCUUGUCCGUGGACGAGUGCACGAGGCGAAACGAGCUGAUCACGACCAUUCGAGAUAUCGAGAUGCAGAGCGAACUACGGGCUGUGAUCCUCGAGGAACGUUUGGGCAACGAAAGACUAGAGCAGCCCGUCGCUGUGCCACACCUAGACUGGUGCGCGAUUGCGCCUGAAGAAGACUUUGACUGGAUGCUCCGCAUCAGCUCAACAAUCAGCCAAGAGAUACCUGCUCGAUAUAAAGAGUACCUGAAGAAUAUCAGUUUCGAGUGGAGCAAAGACGAGACAAUGGGGGCAUUUGAGCUCCUUUGGCCUCGGCUGAGUCGCCCUUGGACGGUCAAGGGUAUCGAUAUCAUCAAGACCUGCGUCAAAAGCUCGCUGAUUGUUCCAUUAGCGGGCACACAAUACGUAGUCGAGGUCAGCGCGACUCGCCAGUGGAAUGACAGGCUCCAAGCUAAGCCCCUCACGACAUGGACUAUCGAGAUGUAUUCGGAGCAUUGGGAGGAGGCCAUGAACCUAAGCGGUAGAGAUGGCCGUGACUGGGGCUCGGAUUUCAAAAACGUGUGGCAUGAGGAGGCGCCCGGUCAUAGUCUCCGUCAGAGGCUCGACCAGUUCGUUCGUUGCAUCCUUACCGUACAGGAUACACUCCGCGGCUUAAGUAAUGCAGAGCAAGUACACAGUGGGAAACAACAAGGGCUUCAAGAGAAAAUGGAGAUCACCAACCACGAGCUGAUCGACAUGAACUUCGCAAGAACCCCCGAGGCACUCACAAGCCCUAGAAGGGCUUCAGUGGCUGUGUCGACCAUGUUCGAACAUUUGCAUAUGGGCGGCGGACACGAAGAAAAGGACAACGAUCAGGAAACCGAUUCGUCCGAGGACUUGAUCGAGCUUUGA